GGAGAGGCGAGAGGUUCAGUGUGUGGAGCUGCUCGCGCAGCGCCCGGGCUGUCAGUCCGGGCUGGGGCCGCCCCAAGACCUUCCAGGAGAAGCGCACCCCCGCGCCCCGCACACCCUCGCUCGACCACACACACGCACAAGCUCAGCCUGGCCGCGCGGGAGCCACUGAGCAGCCAGAGAGCUCCAGGACCGAGCCGCGUUCCCAUUGGGGCUUUCGCCGGGGAGACCGCAGCGAGCCUCCCGGGUGGGCUCGGACCCCUCAGGAACGCUGCGAGGGUCCGGCCAUCCAGCUGGCUGAGCCGAUCCACGGGACCCGCGCUGGCCUCGGCAGGGAGUGCAGUAAAGAGGAGCGGCUGCAGCGAGCAGGACUGGAACUCCCCUGGUUCCAGCGCCGCCGCGACACACGGGUGGAAAUCCUAAUGGAGGGAUCGCUGACUUCCUUUGCUUGGGAAAAUCAUCAGGAGCAACUCCGAUUUGGCUCCUCUGAGCAUCGGAGGGGGGUCCAUGACGUGGCACGGGGGAAAUAGACAACCAAAACCUCCCGUGUGAACUGCAAACUAUAACCUAGGGAGGGGGAAGAACUGUUUUCUGCAUUUUAAUUUCACGCAAAAAGGUUCAAGUGUCUGUGCGGUAAACUUGUUUCCAUGUCUUGUACCCACUUCAGCAGAACCCAGAGGGUCCUAUCUUGGGGAUAGCAUCAUCCCGAAGAGCCCCAGCCAGAGGCCUGUCUUCCUGUUCCCACAUUGCCGGGACUGCAUCCCUGUUUGGGGUACUCCAUCUAUCCUAUAGAGCUAUGGUCAGGUAUCCAUGAAUACUGGGCGAAUUUCUGAAACCCAACUCUUGCAACCUACCUGCGUGGCUGGAAUUUAACCUAAUACAUCUGAAGAAAUGGUAUUUUGAGUCGUUUUUAGGAUGCCUUCUUUAAAAUUCAUGUAAAACAGGAUCUGAUAGGCUUAUCAACAUGACAGGUAAGAACUUUCUGGCUCUCUAGUUCUGUCGCAGAGGAGGCCCAGGUUAAGCAGGAGAGAGAGAGAGAGAGAGAUACAGUCCAGGGACCCGUGUGCCCACUGAGGCUCUUCAGCAGAAGGCUGCUUUUGCUAGAGGCGCAGCCCUGGCUCCUGGACCAUCCGCUGGGGAAGCUUGUGGGGCGCGAGCCAGGAGACUGCUUUGCGCUCCACCUGCCUUGCCCUGGACACAGCCUUGGGGGCGAGGCAUCGAGAGACCACCUCAAAUCAAUAUUGGGAUUUUUAAUAAACUAAGGAAUGGGAUUUUAAUUAUUCAGAAACCCAGCUCCGCUGGGCCAGAUGCUGUUGGGAUGGUGCUGGUCACACAGUGUUAAAGGGACCGACCGCUAAGAGCACUAGAAAAGCGUCCGAGACAUCCUUUGCAAUUAGGAACGAGCCAGACUUGGUAGCACGGGGCAUUGGUUGCUGGUGCCCAUCCGGACCCUCCUCCUCUCUCCCUGAUCCUCCCCCCACCCCACCAGAGGCAGACUCCCGCGGCUCCGCCGGGACCUCGCGUCCUUGCAUCGUGGUCUGGGCUGCAUAUUUCAUGAGACCAGGGUGAACAGGUGCGAAGUGCGCUGGGAGCAUCCGGCCCACGGCAGCGCGAGGAAACAUGGAGAGCGAGCGCGACAUGUACCGCCAGUUCCAGGACUGGUGCCUUAGGACUUACGGGGACUCAGGCAAGACCAAGACGGUGACCCGUAAGAAAUAUGAGCGGAUUGUUCAGCUUCUCAACGGCUCAGAGUCAAGCUCCACCGACAAUGCCAAAUUUAAAUUCUGGGUCAAAUCGAAGGGUUUCCAGCUGGGCCAGCCGGAUGAGGUCCGCGGGGGAGGCGGCGGCGCCAAGCAAGUGCUCUUCGUGCGGGUCAAGACCACGGACACUAUCAAGUUUUGCUGCGAGAACGCUGGCGGGGAGACACAGGACAAGUCCGCGCGCCUUCCUUGGUCGCCCCCUGAGAUCCUAGCCGCGACUGUUUGGUUGGCAGAUACUGUCCUGGACAUUCCUCAUCCCCGCCCCCCUCCCCUUCUUCACUUGUACCACUGA